AUGCAGUACGGUCCAGUUCCAGACUUCCCAGUCGAAGGCAAAAUCGUGGUCAUUACCGGAGGUGGAUCUGGAAUUGGAUUCGCCUUUGCUCGACUCUGUCAUGAACGUGGAGCCCGCGUGCUCAUUGGCGAUCUGAAGCUCGUGGCCGAUGCGGAACGAUAUGUUGCACAGGCACCUCAUGGCGCGGUCGCUUUUCAGCACUGCGAUGUGACAUCCUGGAAGUCCCUCCAUGACUUGAUCUUAGCCAGUGUGAGCAGCUUCGGCAACGUUCCGGACGUCUAUGUGCCGUCUGCGGGAGUUUUCGAGCCUCCUUGGAGCAACUUCUGGGACGACAAUGAGUAUGAGGCAUACAAGAUGAUGCAAAUCAACGUCAACCAUCCAAUAAAGUUCACAAGGCUGGCGAUGCGGGCUCUAGCAGGGGCAGAGAAGCGGGGCGUCGUUUGCCUCAUUGCGUCUUCUGCUGGCAUCCGCGGCAACUAUCUCGCCAGCCUGUACGCUUCCUCCAAACACGCGAUCGUCGGUUUCGCCAAAUCUAUUGGUCAAGCAGAUGUGGAGGAAGGAGUAAAGGUCGUAUGCGUUCUUCCGGGGAUGGUGCAGUCUCCGCUGUGGGAGGAUCGAGAGGAUGAUAUGACCACCAGGACGCAGUACAGUGAACGGCUGAAGACGGCUCUUCAGCCUGCUGAUAUCGCUGAUACGAUGCUGAGGAUGGUCGAAAGCAAGGAGUACGACGGUGGCACCUGCGUGCUGAAGACCAAGUUCGAGGAACGAGUUGUCGAAGAGGGCUUUAUCAAGUCGACGGGCAAGUAUGAUCCAUCACCUCGUCCGGAGCCAAAUAUCGGACGUAUCAAAGAGGUGCUACAUGAAGAGAGGGGCAAAAAGUGGGCAUAGAAGUCGAGACCCAUACAUCGGAGCCAGGACCGGCGUUUGUGUGAGGCAGCAAUCAAGUCAAGUUGCCAUCCUCAUGUUGUUGGUCGC